GGGCAUAAUGAAACAAAUUCAUACCCUUACUGAAAUCCAAAUACCUUUAAAAAAAAAGAAGAAUCUCUCCAAAAAACAUGUAGGGAUUGCAAGAAUAUGAUUAAAAAAACCAACUAGAAAAUGUUUCAAUUAUAUCAAUUUUUGUUGGCAGUAAAUCGUUGGAAAGAGGAAGAACUAUCGAUAAAAAGCAAAGGCAAGGCUUGUCUUAUCAUUUCCUUUCUAAAAUAGCCGUCUUAAGAGAUAUAAAGAUAAUGAAUCAGAUAACUUCUCUUCUUGGUUAAAACGCAGAAAGGCAGCUCUCGUUUUGUCAUUCAAGUGCUGUUUUCUUUCUUUUAUAACCUAAUAGAUCAAGUGUUCAUGGUAGAAAUAAAAUUACUUUCAAAUUAUUAAUUUGUAGCAUAAAUUAUAAUUGUGAUUUGUACAUUAGAUUUCGAUUUCCGAUGAUCUGUUUCUCACAUUUAUGAUUUUAUAAUUUGAAUUUAACAACUUUUUUCUGUACAUUAUUUUGUGGUUAGUCAUAUGGAAUAAAUAUCAAAUAUAUUUGAUGUGCUUCUAGAUUUGGAAUCGGAAAAAGAAUUCAGUUUUUUACUAAAUUAUAAUUAAAAAGUUUCACUCAAGAUGAAAAACUUACAUGAAAGGAAAGCUCAUGGUGAAAAAAGUACUAAAAAUUUACAAACCAUAAAUAAAGAGGAAAAACCUGCAAAAUACAUAACAAAUCAUCUAGCUUUUGCUAUUGCAGCAUCUGCUAUUGGUUCUUCGUUUCAGCAUGGCUAUAAUACAGGAGUUAUGAACAUUCCUCAGUUAUUAAUUCAAAAGUUCAUCAAUGAGUCACAUAAUAACCAGCAUGAGGAUCCAGCAAGUGAAGGAACUGUUACAUUUAUUUUCUCCAUUCUUGUUUCUAUUUUUUGUAUUGGAGGCAUGUGUGGAGCUUUCAUGACUGCAUUUGUUGCUGAAAAAUGUGGUAGAAAAGGUGGUCUGUUACUAAAUAACAUUUUUGUUUUCUGUGCUGCUGCUUUGAUCAUCACCUCAAAAACUUACCAAUCAUAUGAGAUGUUCAUAGUUGGCCGAUUUCUUAUUGGAUUUAAUUCAGGAUUGAAUGCUGGUUUGGCACCAAUGUAUUUGUCAGAAAUUUCUCCAUUACAGCUACGAGGAACAGUUGGAAUUGUGUAUCAGCUUGUAAUUACUAUAUCCAUUUUUAUUUCUCAGGUACUGGGCCUGCCUUCAUUUUUAGGAACCGAAAAACUCUGGCCACUCUUGUUUGCUGUAAUUUUAGUCCCCUCACUGUUUAUGCUACUAACUUUGCCAUUUUGUCCUGAAUCUCCAAAGUAUACGUUGUUUACCCAAGGUAAAGAUGACUGCGCUCGAAAAGCUCUGAUUUGGCUCCGGGAAACUAAUGAAGUGCAGGGUGAAAUGGAUCUAAUGAGAGCAGAAUAUAAAUCUGUGAAACUUGUCCCAAAGGUGGCAUUGUAUGACCUCUGGCAUAAUCCAGCUUUACGAACUCCUCUCAUUAUAUCAGUGGUUAUCAUGCUGUCUCAGCAAUUAUCUGGUAUAAAUGCUGCAUUUUUCUUCUCUAAUGAUAUCUUCCUUAGUGCAGGAUUGUCAAGAGAUAGUGCUUUGAACGCCACACUAGGAUUGGGGAUCAUUAAUGUUUUAAUGACUUUAAUUUCACUUGCCUUAAUUGAACGAGCAGGUCGCCGAACACUGCAUUUAGUUGGCCUAGGGGGCAUGAUGACCAUGACAAUAUUACUAACGAUUUGUCUAGCAUGGCAAAAAAACGUUCCCUUGUUAUCUUAUUUCAGCAUUGUCUGUAUGAUUACUUUUGUUAUAAUGUUUGCUAUUGGACCAGGACCGAUACCUUGGUUUUUUGUUCAAGAAUUAUUUGGUCAAGGUGCUCGUCCUUUGGCUACAAGUAUUGCAGUGACUGUCAAUUGGGCUGCAAAUUUUAUUGUUGGUCUUGGAUUUUUGCCUUUACAAAACAUACUUGGUGUUUAUACAUUUUUAAUCUUUACUGCAUUUUUGUGUUUUUUCUGGUUAUUUACCUUUAAAUAUGUACCUGAAACUAAAAAUAAGUCUAUUGAAGAAAUUACAGCCCUUUUUCGGCUUAAGGCUCAAUAAAUUAUUGAGUUAUUUGGUUUAAGGGUUCUUUUUACUUUUCUUGUGCAACCUAUAGCUUCAGGGCCACUGAAAUUAUAUGUCAGCCAAGGGCGCCCAUAUAGGGGGACAAGUAGGGGCUCGAGCCCCCUUCCUUAGAAAUUAGAACUUCCUUGCUUUUGGUGCUUUUUUCUUUGCAAAAAUGCAAAAACAUUUCUCCUUCAGCUAUUAAUGAAUAAGUUAUUAAAAAUGUCAAAUUUUAAUGACUCUCAUCUGUCCUGAAGUCAGUUUCCAUGGUGAAAAUAUCCUGCUAAAUCAUGGAGAAAAUAUCUGAGCCCCUCCCCCCCCCCCCUUACAAUUUCGCAUAUGGGCCUUCUUGAUGUCAGCCAAGUCUCAAACUAAGAGCCAGGUCUUAGGGGAAGCUGGUUCGGGAUAGAAAUCAGAAACACCCCCAACAUAAUUUUUGGAGGCAAUUUACUGAAUGGAACUCCAAAUUUUGCCGAAUAAUGAUAAUUUUGCCGAAUGGAACUCCGACUUUAGCCAAAUCGUCAGACAAAAUUAGCAAAAUAAGGAAAUUUUUGGGAAGUCACUGACUUCCUGAGACCUUCCAUCACGGUGCUUCUGAUUGGAAUAGUGUGAAUCUGGGGAGGUCAAGAUUGUGAGCUAAGGACCCUGUGAUAAAACUGAGAUGGGGCCAGGGCCCACCUUGGAUCUUAGUGACCUUGUAUAGCUUAUGAAUAUUCCUUGUAUAUCAGAGAAGUAUUGUCUGUUAAAUUCUCUUGUUAUGAUUUACUUGUAGACUUAAAGUUCUUUUUUGGAACCAGAGAAAAAUAUAUAUUUUUUUAAAUUCCAAAGAUACUAUUGAUGUGCUUAAUUAUAGUUUUUAUGAUAUUAUUAUUCACAUGUCAUUUUAAUAUUUAAUAAAGCUUUUAUUUUAGAAUGUUUUUACUAUAUAACAAAAACAGAUGCUUCAUAAUA